AUGGCAGCAUUAUUACCAUUUCACGAGGGUAUCUUGGAGAAGAUCCAUGAUCCUGCUACCAGUGAUUUGCUCUUGCUCGCUCGGGGCCUUGGCUUGCGGAGGACUGUAUGCAAGCUACUACAAUUAUACGACUCUCCAAAGAGCCUCGUGAUCUUGGUUAAUGCCUCCCAAGAAGAAGAGUCUGCCAUUGGAGAGGAACUCGGCAUACUAGGUUGCAGAAAGCCUGGACUUCGCAUCGUCGGCUUCGAGAUAGGAAGAAGGGACAGACAGGACCUGUACAAGCAAGGCGGUCUACUUUCUAUAACAUCACAAAUCUUUACCGUUGACAUGUUGUCGGGCGACGUGGACACCGAAAAGAUCACAGGGAUAAUCAUGUUGCAUGCCGAGAAGGUGACACCAACCUCGCCUGAAGCCUUCAUCGUCCGGCUAUUCCGCGAAAAGAAUUUGACAGGAUUUCUGAAGGCGUUCUCCGACCAACCCGAGUACAUAACCAGUGGCAUGUCGCCACUACGAACGAUCCUGAAGGAGCUGCAAAUACGCACAGUCCACAUAUACCCGAGAUUCCACGCCGACGUCAAGGAAUCCUUGGAUCUUAAAAGACCCGACCUCGUCGAAUUGCAUCAGGCAAUGUCUGAAUCGAUGUCCGAGAUCCAUCAUGCCAUUGUGCAGUGCAUGUCGACAACAUUGUCCGAGCUGAAACGCGCGAACGCCUCUUUGGACCUCGACGACCUCAACAUCGAUAACGCUUACUUCAGGUCGUUUGACAUGAUCGUCCGACGAAUCUUAGACCCUGUCUGGCACAAAGUGGGGCCUAGGACGAAGCAACUCGUCAGCGACUUGGCUACAUUACGACGUCUGCUAAAUUAUUUACUCACCUAUGACGCUCUGUCCUUCCACGCAUACCUAGAGACGCUAGUUGCGUCCAAUACCACUGCAGAAUCCGGAGCAGCUCGCCAGCACCAGUCACCAUGGAUGCUGACCGAUGCUGCUCAUGUCAUAUUCGCCUAUGCAAAACGGAGAUGCUACACAAUGAGUGCUGCAGCGAAGAAGGUCCCAGCACCCCCGCCCGUGGAUAAUCCAUUUGAUGAUGAAGAUGCCUGGGCCGUACUCGACGACCUUGAAGGGCGAACCUCAAAUACACGCAACAACCAAGCAGGUACUGUCGCGAACGAGCCAAGACGACCGAAGUGGCUCCCGGACGGGAUGGAUCCGGUCUUGGAGGAGCUUCCCAAGUGGAGUCUCUUGGCGGACGUCCUUCAAGAAAUCGAGGAAGAGAUGAUCAGACUGCAGUCUCGUCUGACCUCACUUUCUCCUGGCACGAAUACAGUGCUGAUCAUGACUUCCUCGCUCCGCACGUCUUCCGUGCUGAGUGACUUUCUGUCGGAGAUGGACCUAGAUGCCCUGCCCGGAUCGCGCGGGCGCAAGAUGAUGGAGGACAAGCUCAGGCUGUAUCUAUGGUGGAAAGGCAAGUUAAGUGAACGAAAACAAGAGGGGCGCGGUCUCUUUGGCAUGCCGGACAGCAGGAAGGACAAGGACAGUGCCAGUACGGACGGAGAGACAGCAGCGCGCAGCAAACAGAAGGCGUGUCCGUGGAGGCGUUCCGGCUCAGACGGCACCGAGAGAGCACAACAAUACCGCUUGUCUACACAAGGCGCACUUGCACCCGAAUUUGGGGGAGACAUCACGCUUCUUGGCUUUGGUCCCGACUAUGACACGCACUAUGGCUUACUGGCUCCGGAGCAGACCGUGUUGGUGCGAGCGUAUUCAGAUGACUCCGACGACAGAAUGCUGCAAGAGAUGCAGCCGCGCUUCAUCGUCAUGUUCGAGCCGAAUCUGGAAUUCAUCCGUCGCAUAGAGGUAUACCGCAACUCGAACCCCGGUUUGGGAGUGCGAGUAUACUUCAUGAUGUACAAGCUCAGCUGCGAAGAAGGCAAGUACCUGACCGGUCUGAGACGAGAGAAGGAGGCCUUCGAGCGUCUCAUCAAGGAGCGAGGGUCCAUGCUCAUGCCUAUCAUGGAGGAGCGGCGGUCGGGAACGGCAGGCGAGUCCCUCAUAAAGACGAUCAGCAGCAGAAUCGCAGGCGGACAGAAGGAGGUUUCAGCGGAGUCUUCGCGCGUCAUCGUCGACAUGCGGGAGUUCCGCUCCUCCCUGCCUUCGCUGCUGCACGCAUCGCAUCUCCUGGUCAUCCCCGUCACGCUCACCGUCGGCGACUACAUCCUGACACCAGACAUCUGCGUCGAGCGGAAGAGCAUCCCAGAUCUGGUGUCGAGUUUCAACAGCGGUCGACUGUACACCCAAUGCGAGCUCAUGUCCGUCCACUACAAGCAGCCCAUCCUGCUCAUCGAGUUCGAGGAACACAAGUCCUUUUCCCUCGAGGCUGUCACCGACAUCAAGUCCUACGCAAAGCCGUCUGCGAAAUACCCCGCUAAGAAGAAGCCCGGGGCGAUGCCCGCCGAGUCCGCGCCCGGCGCGUUCGUGCCCAGCGCGUCCGCGAGCAUCCAGGCGAAGCUGGUGCUGCUCACGCUCACGUUCCCACGCGUGCGCAUCAUCUGGUCGUCCUCGCCGUACGCGACCGCGGAGGUCUUCCGCGACCUCAAGGCGCACGCCGCGGAGCCCGACUCCGCGCGCGCGGUCGCGGUCGGCGCGGAGGAUGACCCCGCGCAGGGUGCAGGCGUGAACGCCGCGGCGGAGGAGCUGCUCCGCGCGCUGCCGGGCGUGAGCGCGAAGAACGUGAAGCAUGUGGCGGCCAAGGUCGGCAGCGUGCGCGAGCUGUGCGCGCUGAGCCUCGCGCAGGUGCAGGAGAUCCUCGGCGUCGAGCCGGGCAAGGCCUGCUGGGAGUUCAUCCACGACGGCGAGCGCCGGCGCUGA